CCGGAGUAUCUCAGGGAGAGGUUUUGAGGGCAGCGUAUCAGGGUCUACCUCUCCUGCCUUGCUCUUCUCCUUUCCAUCUUCACCAAGAUAUCGGCCGAUCUUUACGCUGGAGCCCUGUUUAUACAGCAGGCGCUUCAAAAGAAUUCCGAGGAAUGGCUUUACAUUAGUAUCCUCAUACUGCUGGCCAUUGCUGCUGUGUUCACGAUAACUGGAGGCCUUACGGCUGUCAUCUGGACUGACUUUGUACAAACUAUUCUCAUGAUUGCCGGUGCUCUCACCCUCAUGGGCUUAACUUUUGAAAAAGUGGGUGGUUACAACGAGAUGGUUGACAAGUUUUUUUAUGCCAUCCCCAAUGAAACAAGAUACGCCAACGACAAUGUAACGAAUUGUGGAGAGCCGCCCUCCGACUCUAUGAACUUCUUCAGGUCAAUCAAGCCCGGGGAGUCUGAUUUGCCCUGGACUGGCAUGAUCUUUGGUGCCACAGUUUCUGGCAUUUGGUACUGGUGCACCGACCAGGUUAUCGUUCAGCGAACUCUCUCCAGUAAAAACAUGACCCACGUCAAAGCAGGUUGUAUUCUGGCGGGACUGCUCAAGUUCCUGCCGCUCUUCAUGCUGGUGUUUCCUGGAAUGGCGUCACGCGUUCUAUUCCCGGACAAGGUUGCAUGCGUUGAUCCAGAGGAGUGUGAAAAAUAUUGCAACAAUGAGGCUGGAUGCACGAACAUUGCUUACGUUGAGCUCGUCCUUCAUGUUCUCCCAGACGGAUUGACUGGGCUAAUGUUGGCGGUGAUGCUGGCUGCCCUCAUGUCCUCCCUCACUUCCAUCUUCAACUCGUCUUCUACCAUUUUUUCUAUCGACAUAUGGACGAGGAUCCGCAAGCAGGCAACUGACGUGGAGCUACUGAUCGUAGGUCGCGCCUUUGUGCUCAUCAUGGUGGUGAUCUCCAUCAUCUGGAUCCCCGUCAUACAGAGCACAGCCAGUGGCCAGCUGUUCAUUUAUAUUCAAAGCAUCUCGUCCUUCCUUUCACCACCAAUUUGCGCAAUCUACCUUCUUGCUAUCUUCUGGCCACGCACUACAGAGCCGGGCGCCUUCUGGGGUCUCAUCGUGGGUCUGGUCAUCGGUCUCACCAGAUUCAUCAUGGAGUUCGCUUUCGUUAUUCCUCCCUGUGGAGAGCCAGAAUCAGCGGACAAGCGUCCCGAGUGGAUCAAGGUGAUCGUUGGCAACGUGCAUUACCUCCACUUCGGAUGCAUUCUGCUACUGCUGACCAUGGUGGUGACGGUGGCGGUGUCGCUACUCACCGAGCCAAUUCCUGAGAAGUGUCUGUACCGCCUCACCUUCUGGAGUCGCAACAGCAAGGAGGUUCGUGUGUCCGUGAGGGAAUGGAGGAAUGAGAUGGCUCCUGACGACCAGGUCAAGAUUCUACCCAAGAAAGAGGACGGCGACGCUUCCAGCGUAUCUACCAGUGGCUCAAAGGAUCUGCCGGACUGGCGACGCGCCCUUAACUGGAUGUGCGGCGUGAGUCCCCAGGCGGAGGGAGCCACAGAGGAUCCCGACUUGGAACUGACGCCGGAGGAAAAAGCCAAAAGAGCUGCCGAAUUUCUUGAAGAGAAGGCACCUUGGAAGAGUGUUGUCAACGUCCUGUCUGUGAGCGUGAUGGUGGGCGCCACCUUCAUGUUCGGCUUCUACGGCUAGAGUAGCCUGCGUCUAUAGGAACAUUUGCGACUCACAAGACGAUCAUCAUUCCGACACCACCGCUUCUACAACCAGUGUAUGGAAAUGAAUAUAACAUAAUAAAUAUAAAACAUAUGUA